GGUAUAUGCAAUGCCUACUGUAAUAAUUUCUGUUUGUUACGAUCGCCACAAAAUGACCACAGCAAAAAACCGCAUCGAAAUCCGCGCGGUAUUAACAGAGUUAUUCCGCUUGUAAAAUGUCUAUUUUUACCUGCACCGGAAAUCUAAUUAAGAGAAAAUAGAAACAGUCGAAAACGAGGCUCUGUUGUUGUGACGUCACUACGAGGACGAUGGCGGCGAAUACAGAUAGCGAUUGUAGCGUUUAUAGUGAAGAAAACAGCGAUGGGGAGGUUGGUUCAUCAAGUUUUGAGGAACCGAUCGAUGAGAUGACCAAUUUGGGCACACAACCGUAUCUUUUUGAGCCUGAAGCGAGUUCAGACGAGGAAUCAGCGGCAGGACGUUCCCCGGAAGCCACAGAUCAAGAUCGACUUGGGAACAAUGACUGGUGCAACUGUGGUCGCUGCCCCCCAAUGACUACUAUUGCCGAGUCUGUGUGCUGCCAGGAAAUUCCACAAGUAAUGACUGUACUUGAGGAGGAUCCCGGGAAGCCCUGCAUCACAGAGCAUAAUGGUUUCCAACCAGUCUGUCUCCAUCCAUCAGUUCUACGUACUGCAUACUAUGUGUAUCUACAACAGUAUGAAGAACUCCCCGAAACUAAUCGGCGGAUGCGUUACAUAGGCUACAGGCAACUGGCCAGAUGGUGCUGGGGAUGGUUGGGGAGACAAGUACGGGUACCACUUCCUGCUUGUGCAGUCCAGAAAAUCCGGGACACGUAUCCAGAGGAAGAUGGUGCAUACCAAGGAUUCGGCAUGGCCUAA